AUGGUCCGAAUCAAAGAGAGAUACAUUCUCGUCAAUAUUCUGUACCCGCCAGAAGAUUCAAAACAAAAAUCCAAUGUUCCAGAUUUUGUGGUGAUGCAUCAACCGACGACCGGAAGUCUCACACCUCAGUCACUUCUUAAGGCGAUACGAGCUGAGGUCGCUAUUCUUUUCGGUGAUUACGGUUCUGGUGCUAUAGAAGGAAAUCUCGUCGUCAAGUAUCUCUCUCAGGCGACGUCGACUUUCAUCUUGAAAGUGAAGAGAGCGCACUACCGUCUAGUCUGGGCUGCUCUGACGUUUAUGAAUCGCGUGCCUCUCAAGAGCGGAGAAGGCAAGCCCUGCACCUUCAAGGUUGUCAGAGUCAGCGGGACUAUUCGAAAGGCCGAGGAAGAGGCCAUUCGUCAAGCGAGACAGCUCGUGCUUGCCGCCAAAGAUUCUUCCGCGGCUGCUGCCGGCGGCGCGUUGCCGCUUUUCUCAGAGCCCAGGACCGAAGCCGAGGACGCGGUCAUGUUCGAUGCGUCGGACGUGUCUGACGAAGAUGACGUGAUUGAAGAUGACGGCUGA